AACAAAAUGAACUGAGCAAAACUCAAUCUUAUAAAAAUCAAGUCACAGCAUACUCACAAGUUCUAGGUGCAAUGAAAAGAAACAGAUUUAUCAUGAUUACUUGGAGAGUUUCAUCCACCCUUUAGAUGACGAAAAGGUUCCCGAAGAACAACGAAGUAGCAAGCUACGUUAUUUUUCAUUUACGUGGCUGCAUUUUGUCAAGUUCAUCGAAGUGGUUUAAUUCUCCCCAAAGGUUUUACUUUGUUUUCGGUCUGAAGCGAAGAGUUCAACAUUUCUUUCAGGCGGGCGCCAUAGUUUUGACGUUACAUUUUUAGCAUUUGACGGGGGAUGUAGUUUGCCUAACAAAUAUCUUUCUCUUGAUUAAACGACUGCUACUUUAAGUUUUUGGUGGCACUGUCCAGUUUUUUGGAGUAGGCUUUCUUUGGAUCUUAUAUCAAGUGAAUGGUCAAUGGCCAUGACCUCGAACUACGUUUACGGUGGUUCAGGAAUCCAAAAUAGUAAUAUGCUGUCUUAUACCUUAAAAAAUCUGUCACUGGGACCUAAUCAAGUAUCACAGAUAAGUGAUCAAAAUACUAGCUCAUUAUCAAUGGUGCCAUCGACUGCACAGUUAACUUUUACUCGUUCAGUUCCUGGUUCAUCUGCGGAAAGUACCCUUCGCCAGCCUUCUAGUCGCCCCACAGGAAUACCAGAUUUUUUGUCGCUGAAUUCUGGACCAGUUAGCAAUAGACCUUCUGUGCUGUCCACUGUAUCUGUUUCAAAAGCUUCUUCACUUAUUCCUCAAAAUGGGCAUCUUACCAAGGCUCCUGAAAGAGUUGCUCUCACGCCAAAAGCUGUUGUUCCGGCAAACCACGGUUUCGCCAACAUGUUUCGCCAUCGAAUUCCUGGCGUUCCUUCUUCACGCAUGGUCUCCAACUUGCCAGAUGGUCGUCAAGUUCCUUUGAGUUCUGACAUGUGUCAAACCUUCUGGUCCGGUCGAUUUAGUGGAACGACCAGUGACAAUCUUUCGGGAGAAGGGAUCAAUAAUUCUAAUGUCAAUCAGUCGAAUUCAUCUGCAUUUGAUAAUAUGUUGGCUUCCCCCCACUCAUUUGGAAAUUAUUUACCACCGACUUUAAGACCACCUGCUCAGCCUACACAGCCUUAUAUGCAAAAUUCAUCCAUUCCGUCUCUAAACUUUUGCCAGGCCGAGGCAGCAUUACCACCCGAGAUACGGCCUGACAUUCAUCUAACUGCAUUCAGUGAAUCCAAUUGUGUAAUCCCCAUUACUGCUUCUCAGUAUUACUCGAGUCAUCAGUUUGAAAAUACAAAAAAAUUACAGGCUUGUGGUGGUCUCAGAACCCCUUCAUGGAUUCUCGUUCCGCCGGUUCCUGAGGACAUUGCGUCUCAUAUGAGAACGGGAAGAAUUCAUGAAUUUAAGUCGAAUUUGCUCAAUAACCGUAACUCUAGUUUCAUUACAAUUGAUGACGAUCUCAAGCGUGUACUGCGCAACAAACUUGAGGCCUGUUUGUUAACAGUUGAUGAAGCAACAAAGGAAAAAUUGCCUCGCAGUCUUGGACCAUAUACUGACAUUGUUCCUCUUGAAGUUAUUGAUCAACCACGAGCAUCUGUUACAUUUGGGCUUCCUGGAGUUUGUUUUAAAGCUUGGUCUCCAAGAUUUAAUUCUCAUGUCCUCCUUAGACGCAUAGUUCUGCCACCUGAGCAUGGAGCAACUUUAGCCCCCGAUGCUUAUUAUUUAGCUAAACAUCUCUCAGAAUUAAAUCAUUCUUCAAUUGUUGGAUUUCGGGAUGUAUUUUUCACAGAUGCUUUCAGCGAUAAUUCGGUUAUACUGGUCUACGAAUACAUACCGUGUUCUUCAACUUUACAACAAAUUCAUAUGAGCGAUCCCUUGAAAGUAACUAGUUUUACUUCACCAUUCAAUAUUAAUCGUACAAUUUUACCUCAUAGUUCAGUAAAGAAUGCACCUACUGAUCUUGGAAUGCCUCAAGAAUCUGUUUUAUGGUCGUAUUUAGUUCAGUUAACCAGUGGCCUACGGUUUAUUCAUCAAACAGUUCGUCGGUCAUGCGGUAUACUAGAUCCUACCAAAGUGUUAUUACAAGACGGUCCACGCUUGAAAAUCAACUGCUUUGGCUUGAAGGACAUUCUGUUCUAUUCUGCACAGGAUUCUAAUUUGUUGGAAAAUCAGGCUUCCGAUUUCAUACAACUUGGCAAAUUGAUGUUAGGAGUUGCAUGUGGCACAGUUGCAGCUGUACAGGCUAGUCAACGGGUUUCUUCCUUUAAUUUAAUGCAACGAGCAUAUCGACCAGAAUUGGUAACUCUAAUCCGUAGUCUUAUAUCAGGACAAAUUACUGGAGCUGAUCAGCUAAUGCGAGCUACUGCACCAUUUGCAUUUGAUCAUUUAACAAGGCUAUAUGAUCAUUCAGACUUGUUAGAAAGUCAAUUAUUAUCAGAAUUGGGAUGUGACAGACUUUUCCGACUUAUCUGCAAAUUACAGUCCAUUGUGGAGCGUUGCGAUCAGGGUAUAUCUCCAGAAUGGUCUGAGACCGGUGAUCGUUAUAUGUUAAAAUUAUUCCGUGAUUUUGUAUUUCAUCAAUCCGAUCCCCUUGGUGCUCCAUACUUAGAUCUUGCGCAUAUAAUCACUACAUUGAAUAAGGUUGAAGCUGGUUCACUUGAACGCCUGUGUCUUGUCAGUCGUGAUAGUCAAAAUGUGAUUAUAGUCACCUAUGCAGAUAUUAAACAGUGGUUAGACACAAGUUUCUCUUAUCUGGUAGAAAAACAUCGUCAAAGUCGAUGUGAAUUGCACCUUGCACAACAAAGACACGCUCCUCCUGCUCCUGCUCCCCCUCCUCCUCAACACCACCAACAACAAGAGCAGCAACAAGACAUCUCCACUUCUGUACCAACUGUUUCUGAAACCUGAUAAUGAUUACAAUGAUACAGUAAAUUCAAUCUUAUGUAAUGUUUAAUAAUAUUGCUUAUCGACGGGUCAGUCCUUCAGUCAAUCAAUCAAUCAAUCAAUCAGUCAGGCAGGCAGUCACAUCUCAUAUGACAAAUGCAUUCGUGAUGUAUUUUUCUCUCCUGUAUUUUGUUGUCUUCCGGUCUUGUGAAAUAUAUAAUAAAGGAGAUUUGCAAUCCAACAUAAAUAACAUCAAUCAGUAGUUGGUAGAUCUAUGGAUAGAUGAAAAGAUCAAUGAUAGUGUGCUUUCUUUCUUUCUUCAGGAGAUAAUAUUCUAUUCUAUUCUAUAUCAUAAAUUUGUGUCUUUCUUCAACCUAUGUUUAUAUAGAUACAUAUAUUUAUAUUGUUCCACUGUUUUGUUCUCUCCUCUCCCUUGAUGAUGCUGUUGAUGAUUUCCAACUUUAUUAUUAUUAUUUUUUUGGCUUAAACUUACAUUCUGUAAAAACACUGCCCGCCCCCCCCCCCUACUAUCACUUUUAUGGACUUUUAAUCUCUCUUUUUUUGUUUUCUAUGAGGAAUGAUAAUUGUUUUCCUAAUUCCUUGUCGUCUCUUUACUCUCCACAUCUUCAGGUGUGUGUUUAUGUAUAGUUCAAUGAAUGAAUGAAUGACUGUGCAUAUCAUUACUCUAAACUAGUAUAACUAUUAUUUCUCUCUCUCUCUACCUAACCACACAUCGUUCUCACUAGUAAGCCGGUAAUAUAUUAUGACUAAUGGUCAGUCAGCCGGUCAGUCGAUUGACUUCGAUAUAUAUAUAUAUAUAUAUAUAUAUAUUAACUUGCUUGUUGAUAUUCCCUAUUCUCUGUAUAUUUGACUUAUGAUUGUUACACAAUUUUGGCGUGUUUCUUGUGUGUUUUUUCUUUUUCUUUUCUUUCAAACAUUCAGACUUGACUGUUGCCAAUUAUUAUUUGACCCACUCAUCCAUCAUUUAUUCCCCUUCACUUAAUUCUUGUAAUUUGUUGUAAGUGUGCGUGGGUGUGUGUGUGUGUGCAAAUGCGCAAAUAAGUCAGUCUCUCUCUUUCUUUCUUUGGUUUUCUUUUUGAAUUUUGCAUUUCUGUUUUGUUAUCCUCAUCAUCAGCAUCAACAUCAUCAUCAUCAUUGUUACUAUUAUCAUUUUUUUUACUUUUACAAUUUCACAGAGAGUAUUUUAUUAUUAGUGUGUGUGUGUGUUGACAGGAUGAAUGACAACCACCAGUCAGCCAGCCAGCCGACAAGCUUCAUUUGCUCCUCCCUCCCUCUAUCUUGCACGCACACAUCACCAGAUGCGCGUGCUCUCUCUAUCUGUACUUAUCUGACGAGUGAGUGAGUGAGUAUUUGAUUUUCCUUUCUACUGUUCAACUGUUUAAUGUGCUGGUUAUUUUUAUCCGUUAGCAAAAUCUGUUACUGUGAGUGAAUAGUAGUGUGGGCAAAGCAGUUCUAUACAGAGAGAGGAGGAGAUAGUAUAUAUAUUGCAUAUAUUCCAGAGUAUAUUGUGUUUUAAGCAGACAAAAAGAAAUAUAAAGUAUGUUUCGAUAAGUAUAUUUUUUUCUUCUCCUGAUUUAUUUUCAAAACUUUCCUUUGUAUCUUUCUUGCUUCUCGUUAUCUCUCUCUCUUUCUCUCGUUAUCUUUCUAAGACACGAUGACGAUGAUGAUAGUUUGGUGGUUGUUAUUCUUUUAUGUUAUUGUUGUUCUUGUUAUUGUAUGAGUCUGCGGAUGCAUCUUUCUUUUUAAGAAAUAACAAACAAAAAAUUUGUAUAAUUGUAUCUAUUAUGAUUACAACUAUUUAAUGUUCAUUUAAAUAAAUAACUAAAUAAAUAAAUACUGUAAACCAAUAUAAAUACAAUAAAAUCC